GCCGAAGAGGACCGAGCCCGCUUCUUCCUUGAGUCGGCCGGCUGGGACCUGCAGAUCGCGCUAGCAAGCUUUUAUGAGGACGGAGGGGAUGAAGACAUUGUGACCAUUUCGCAGGCAACCCCCAGUUCAGUGUCCAGAGGCACAGCCCCCAGUGAUAAUAGGGUGACAUCCUUCAGGGACCUCAUUCAUGACCAAGAUGAGGAUGAGGAGGAGGAGGAAGGUCAGAGGAGCAGGUUUUACGCUGGGGGCUCAGAGAGAAGUGGACAGCAGAUUGUUGGCCCUCCAAGGAAGAAAAGUCCCAACGAGCUAGUGGAUGAUCUCUUUAAAGGUGCCAAGGAGCAUGGAGCCGUAGCUGUGGAACGAGUGACCAAGAGCCCUGGAGAGACCAGUAAACCUAGACCAUUUGCGGGAGGUGGCUACCGCCUUGGGGCAGCACCAGAGGAAGAAUCUGCCUAUGUGGCAGGAGAAAGGAGGCAGCAUUCCAGCCAAGAUGUUCAUGUAGUAUUGAAGCUCUGGAAGAGUGGUUUUAGCCUGGACAAUGGAGACCUGAGAAGCUACCAAGACCCAUCCAAUGCACAGUUUCUGGAGUCCAUCCGCAGAGGGGAGGUGCCGGCAGAGCUGCGGAGGUUAGCUCAUGGUGGGCAGGUGAAUUUGGAUAUGGAAGACCAUCGGGAUGAGGACUUCGUGAAGCCCAAGGGAGCCUUCAAAGCCUUCACUGGCGAGGGUCAGAAACUGGGCAGCACAGCCCCCCAGGUGCUGAGUACCAGCUCUCCAGCCCAGCAGGCAGAAAACGAAGCCAAAGCCAGCUCUUCCAUCUUAAUCGACGAGUCACAGCCCACCACAAAUAUCCAAAUACGGCUUGCUGACGGCGGGAGGCUUGUGCAGAAAUUCAACCACAGCCACAGGAUCAGCGACAUCCGACUCUUCAUCGUGGAUGCCCGGCCGGCCAUGGCUGCCACCAGCUUUGUCCUCAUGACAACCUUCCCGAACAAAGAGCUGGCUGACGAGAGCCAGACCCUGAAAGAAGCCAACCUGCUCAAUGCUGUCAUCGUGCAGCGGUUAACAUAACAGCCUGGCCGGUGCCUGGCCUCCCCUGUGUCUCCCAUGGCCAGUGGCCCUGCCUGGUGGGGGAUUGCCCUUCACCCCUUGUGCACACCCAGCAGUCCAGUGCCACGUCUCCUCCGUAGCUCUGGGUUCUUAGAUAUCGGUUGGACAUUUGUUUUCUCCUUAGUUGCAUUUCCUGGGUUUUUGUGACGAUCAAUGGACUUUAAUGAAAAAAAUAAAAACAACCAAAAAAACUGAAGAACUAUCA